ACUACAGGAACUGGAGAAUUCCCAGAAAGAUAUGGUCAUUUCUUUGGGACUUUCUCGUCCUUCUCCUUCAUCGGUCCAACAUCGUUUAUCCUACCGCGCGAUUCGGGAAAGAUUGAAGUGUACGACUUUUCGCCGAGUGGUGAAGAUGAUUUCAUUGCUCAUCCACGAGCCACCUUUCUACUUCCACCUACUGCUCCUUCCGUAAAUGGCUCCAUGGAGAUCCUUGCCGAGCCUUUACCGUAUAGACACCCAGGGCAUGUCGAAUCCGCUGCGGGGACUUACUCAGCGAUGGCGGAGGGUGACGAUGCAGACCUAACCAGUCCGAAGCUCUUCGAUGCUUCAAAGGACGACCGGCUGAUUCGCAUUCAUUGGCAGACACUGCGUUCCGUUCGAGUUCGGCCAGAACGCGCAGUGGGUCCCGAGCCGAAUGGGCCAAGUCUCCACACGUUCGAUCGAUCCUUCGACCUUUUCGUUCCCUUGCGCGUAUUUCGAGACUUUGACGGUCCUACGCGCAAAUUUUCUCUUCUUACGCCGGAUGUCGCGCCUGACCAACGAUUUGACGUUCACCCAUUCGAUAACCUCAUAGUACUUCAAGAUACAUUGAACAAAACCUAUGAGUGGGAAGCGUGGGGCCCAGAGAAUACCCGAUUUGUGGAGCUUCCGUUGAGCGAACGGAACGUCUUUCAGAGACAUAUCUAUGGAAACCGCUAUGCUCGCAUUUGCCCUGAAACGAACGGUUUCAUUAUGCUAGAUUUCACGCCCUACCGUGCGGAGUGGGAGCGCCGGAGAUGCGCGAGUGCAGGUAGCCAUGGAUUUGUGGCGGAACGAAGGGAAAUGAUACGGGAAAAGAGAGAUAAUAUCGUGAAGCAAGGCGUGCAUCUUGCGGCGGACGUUAGAACUUCACUGCCGUAUACGUAUUCGAGGAGGAGUUUUGGCUUCGAGGUGCCCGAUGAUCUUUUCGGUCGUGGUGUCAUGAUUGAUGAUGAACAUGUAUUGUGUAUAAAGGUGGGCUGUACUUUCUGCCUUGGUCGCUAUCAGUAAAAUAAGCUGAUUACUCCAAUGAAAAAUAGGAGAACGAGGAGGAUGGCCAAGACUCAGAGCUGAUCAUUAUGACAUUAUGAAGACGAACGCGAAGCAGGUCCUUGCGCGUUCCCCAUCACUUUUUUGACUGUUAUUUUUUCACAUUUCCGCAUGCCGCACGUUCAGAUACAGAUAUAAACGCUCGCGCCACACUCAACACAAUUUGCUUAUAGAACACAUCUUCUGGAAUCAUUUGUAUCCUGUAGACUAAUUGUUUAAUAGGACAAUGUUAAUAUUAUCGUGUAUGUAAUUAUCCAUUUACUAGCUUGCUGACAACCAUAAACUGAUGGACCGAUCCC